AUGGACACCGUGAUUGAUCCUUCGAACCCACUGGCCCAGAAAAUCCUGGCGGCAGACUUGUCGUUCCCAUGCAGCCUAGGCCUCCUGAGGCUGAUACGUGGUUUACGAAACCUGGAACCGUGGGCAAUAAGAAUUUUUGACGCAAGCGGCAAGUACCCGACAGGCUUCCUUCAUGGCACGACGGUGGAUCUUGGGGCGUACGACGAGUGCGUCGAGACAGCGGAGCGAGACCAACAUGGACACAUAAGGACUAGGAGCCACUAUUGUAUGGUUCAGAUUCAGCUAACAAGUAACGACUCAGCCAUACAGCACCUCAUCCCAUCCGCCAGCAUUACCCACAAAAGGGCACCAAAGUUCCUCAGCUACUGGGUAGACCCAAAGGCUCCGGGAGCACGAGUCGGAAUCUGCAUUGUGGAUAAGUGCAGUGAACAAGACCUUCAAAAUCUUGCGAGAACACUGCUACCGGACAACUUGAAUGUCACCGUUAGCGAUUGUGUGAAUGGUGAGUUUUCACCUAUGAGUUCAACACAAGCAGGAAUAAUUUGCCUGCUGGCAUGCAUAGCGGCAAUGAUGUUUCUAAGUACAUGCUUUCACUUCUAUUUGUGGCUCAAGAAUCGCUCUUCAAAUGAAGGACAGCUCGUCCGUCUUCUGACCUCGUUUUCCGUGCUGAAGAACACGAAGCAUGUAGUCUCCAUGGAUGAAAGAAGUUCAAGCGAUGCAUGUUUUAGUUUCAUGAACGGAAUGCGUUUCCUAAGCAUUGCAUGGAUUAUUCUCGGCCACGUUUACGGAGGCAUGACAGACGUUCUAGCGGGAAGACUGAAUAUGCUGUUCUUUUUCGACAAUUGGGCGUCUGCAAUUUUACCAGCUGGCUUCCUGUCCGUAGACACAUUUAUGUUUCUAAGCGGUUUUCUUCUUACCAACGCCAUCUUCAAUCAGAAAAGACACGCCAUGUUUAUCGCACCCAUUGCAGCCGUGCGUCGAUAUAUCCGGGUUGUAUUGCCAGUGGUUUUCCUCAUAGCGUCUAUGCAGCUUCUACCGCUAGCCGUGCAAGGCCCUAACACAAACAAGUACUACCGAGAUAUCCAGACGAUGAUCGACACUCACUGGACACAUUUUCUGCUUCAGGUGUACAAUUUCAAGCACGAGAUACUCUCGAUAGGAUUGAUUCACCUAUGGUACGUUUCUACGGACUUCCAGCUUUUCCUGGUGUCACUAGUCGUCAUCCUCAUGCUCAGAUGGUCCAAGUUGUGGUGUGGCGUGGCAUUUUUUGUGCUGUCUGUUCUGAGCUGUGUCCUGUCUACACUGCAAAUCCACAACACGGAGCUGCCUCCAUUUAUGAUCGGAAUGACUGAGGAGUUCAGCACGGCGAGAAAAGUAAUGAACCUUUACUACGUGCAGCCAUUUUACCACGCGGUAUGCUUCUUCGCUGGAUGCAUUGCUUGGUUGCUGAAGGACAGCUUCAAUCGCACUCCAUUCUCGAAGGCUGUAACCGCACUCUGCUGGCUCAUGAGUAUAGGUUGUGGCAUCACGUGCGUCUUCAUCAAGUUCCCGUGGUAUGGCGCGAAAGAGCCGACAAGCGAAGGGGGAAAACUCUCCACAGCAUUCUUCGAUAGAAUACUGUGGUCCCUCUGUUUGUCCUGGAUUACUUUGACAUGUUCUACAGGGCGUGGAGGAAUAAUGAACUCUUUCUUGAGCUGGAAGGGUUUUGGUCCAUUGAGCAAGUUAGCCUUUGCUGUUUACCUGGUGCACAUGCCUCUCUACGAUCUCAUGAACCAUCUCUGCAGGGAGCGCACAUACUUCUCACACUUCAGCCUGGUGACGCAGUUCUUCAGCGUUUUUCUCUGGAGCUACUUCCUCGGUUACUUGCUGUACAUCUCAUGCGAAGCACCACUGGGCCACCUCGAUAGGCUCUUGUUCAGUGGGCGCAGAAAACCUGGCCAAAGCAUUGAAUGCAAACAAAUGGACAGCGCAGAUACGCAAGACAAGAGGCACAACCUGUUUUUGAUCACCAGCGAAGGUAUCUUCCGCAAAAAUGAGGAAGAUUUGAAAGUUAUAAGACAUAAAUAAUUAGAUGAUGAGGAAACUUGAGCGGAAAUCGCGGAGUUCAGAAAUGCCGAACCUGAAGCAACAGCGUGUAAUGCAGCUAAAGGCGUAGUGAAUGGUGCCUACAACCAUCACGUCAUAGGUAUGCAAUUCCGUUCAUUCAAACGAAUAAUGAUGGUAUUCUAUCAGAAAAAGGUUAAAUUGCUUUUCAUACAACAAGUUCGCUCAUACUUCAACUGAGUAUUAAAAGCGAGCGCAAUUCGAUAAAUAUCGCGCUAUCGGUGGGCUUUGUCCAGCAACGUCGAUGAUCUCAUAAACCGGCAGCAUAUUGAGAGACAUUAUCGCUUAUUUCCUCUGAUAACAGGCUAAAAUUAUACUUGGUAUCGUUUCCUAACAGUGUGCCAUGCAGCAUCUUACGAAUGCCUCAUCCCUAAAUAUUGCCCAUUUUUUCAUUUGAUGCUCCUCUUUUUCUUUGACAUUUCAAAUCAGUGCUGCGAGGCUUGCUCAGGAAGCAUGACAGGGAAACGGGCAGGGGGCAAGAGAAGUGAUAGAGGAGCUCGGGGAAGAGAAAGUUGUCGGUCGAGUCACAGUGGCCAGAAUGCCUGCGAAUACAGUUACUCGAGACUGGCAGUGCAGUAUUAGCCCCAUGACAAGUAAUUCUACACCCUCCUACCCAUACUGCCCUCCACGACACAAGUUGAGGUUAGCGGUCGCAUCAUUCAGGUCAGAUGCAUUUUUACCAAUACCGUAAGUACCCAGGAAGAGAAGCAGACUCGUCGGGUUACUUUCGCCUGUUUGCACCAACUUUAGACCACACUAGAUAGAAUAUCUUGAAGUGCGUCUGUUCACAAAACAUGUGGGUUGUGCGUUAAGCUUCCUUGGCUCUGAAAGCAAAUAUUUAAUUUCUUUAUUUCCGACGAUAUCGAGCUCCCUCGACAUCUUGAUAUAUAACAUUCACAUGUUGAAACGAUUCUUGUCAAAAUGGUUUGCGUAGUCAGUAAAGAUCGGCUACAAGUUUCACAUGAGAGCG